AUGGGUGAUGAGGUCCAAAGCCUACCGGUGGAGCCAGCGACGCGGAAAUCAUUGACUCAGCCACGACUUACGAGUCUGCCGUUCCCCGCUCAACACCGCGUUCUACGGGUACUGCAACAGCGCUUGGAGCGCUCUGCGUUCGAGUCUAUCCAGAAGUGGCACCCCCAGCUCGGCCAGUCAAACGGAUGGGAUUGUGCCGAGAAGGUGGAAUUGCACAUGGCGUUUAGAGCGCUCGACCGAAAACGCCGUACCCAACCCACAUCUGGGUCUUCGGAAUUUCCAAAGAAGGCCGUCAAUCAGUUGCGAGCGGACAUUGAGGGUAUCCGUCAUGCAGCCGUGCACCGCCAGCUACAGGACCAUCGUCGUCUUUUACACCAACUCCACUCGGCCCGAGAGUUUGCAACCGUAUGGCUGGGUGAUCCGCAAUGUGGAAUGGAGAUCGAGCAGUGUCAAAUGCGGAUCAACCGGCUUUUCAGCGGAUGGAAGGCACGCACCCGCCGUCUCCAAGGCAAUCUGGCUGCGCGCAUGGGAUGUAACAGGAUGCCUGAAGACCGACGUCACCAACUCCUUCUGCUUGAGGCGACGAGGAGGCUCUUGGAAAGAACCAAUCACGAUUGUGUUGGGCAAGUGGACUACAUCCUACAAGCGAGCUUUCCGUCAUUGUAUACGAAGAUGAGGGCAGGGCAUGCGCAGCAUGACAAAUGA